AUGGAGCGUAACUGGGACGGACGAGGUUUUGUCAGAGAGGGCGCCUACGCCCUCGACGACAGCAUCCUCCAUUUUAGGAUUGACGAGAAACAGCAGACCGCGCUCAUCGCAGGUCGGACCGGUGGUCUCACUGUACGCGCUUUGGAAGACUUCAGGAUUCUGUAUGAGUUUGAUAAGCACUACAUGAACCGGCGAUUUGAACUGUCACAUGGCUUUCUUGUCUUCCCCAGCCGGAAACGUGGCAUCGAGAUAUGGCGGCGUAUGGCAGAUAUAUUCUCUCGCUCAGAAAGUCGUGUCAAUGUAAAGGUAGUCUCUACUCCUCUCACUGAAUCUUCGCCAUUCGCGGCGCGCGACUUUCAGUUCGCAGAAGCCCAGCGCACGGGUGCUCAAGAUGUCCGUUUUGCGGAUCUCGUCACUCUGGACACACCCAAUCACGAUCUUCGGGGACACUACACACCGCAUGCGUACCUUGGCGCGCCGUUCAUGUCUAGCAUCCGUAUGUUCCGUCUGAGUUUCCCGGUGCUCGCACUCAUGGGUUCUCACGACUCAAACACGCUGCUUCUUCUCGAUGUGUGCGAUGGCACACUACUGCAACAGAUUUCCUUAAGUCGCUUGCGCUUCAUGGGCGCCCCGCCGGAUUUCAGGCUGACACCGGAUGUGGACCUAGUGAUCAUGGACAUCGACAUCUCCCACGACUAUGUCUGUGUAUCCUUGCUCAACUCGCUGCUGCUCAUACGUCGCCGCAGCGAAGACUCCGCAAAUCCUGCGAGGAGCAGUGCAGAUGGGGGGACGGCCGAUCUCGCUCUUGUGCUCACCGAAAGGAGCCCUCCUCAGGCAUUGCAGCAGCUUGCCAUGCAGCUCAACACGACAAAGCCAUCGGCUAGAUGGGCCCAUACUUCUAGUGUACGGCAUGAAUCAUACGGCAAGUUCGAGUUUGUGGCUUCUGCGGAUGCGUUAGAGAGAAUAGCCAUUGUGCCGCCCCCCGAGAGUGCACAACAGGCGACUAGUCUCGCUCUCGUGCAAACCGGCCACGGAAUGAUGCAAGCAGGAUUCAUAGCAGGAACGGCAUAUGGACUGCUUUAUCUUAUAUUGGAUUAUGCGAGGGCAGUAUCUGGAUCUAAGUCUCUUUUAGAUAUCGCCCGACGUGUCUAUAUCGGGGAUUCGCUGAAGGAUGUCAUAUGGGGAGAGCAGCAGAGACGAAUCUUUGUCCAUACUGUCUCAGGAGAGAUGUAUAUCAUCAAUAUCGACCCGGCAUACCACUCGCUGCACGUGCAGGAGCCCACCGCAGGUUUUCUGUCAGCAGACAACACUGCGGCCGACAAGGACGACCUGUUCGCACACAUAGCCGUUUUCCACCUUGCGGACUUCAGCAGCAGGAACAUCGGGAGCCCGGCAUCCAUGCGUGAUGCAUCACCUAGCGAGACACAAAUCACGCGCACCGGGCUAUGGAUGAUGUGGGAACUAGCGAUGCUAGAGAGUCGCCAGGUCCAGCGAGAUACCGCAAUAUUGGCUAUCAAAGAGCCUCCCAGAACGGUCUUUCGCUCUGUUUUUUGGAUUUCACUGCCGAAUGUCGAAAACUUCAUCUUAGAAGAUCGAUCGAUACCCGCAUACUAUUUUGCGUUGUGCUGUUGA